UGAUCCAUGAACCUUAAGCACCUUUUCCUGAGGAAGUAGUCAUGUUGGAAGGUCUCGUAGCCUGGGUUCUCAAUACCUAUUUGGGGAAGUACGUCAAUAACCUGAACACUGACCAGCUUUCUGUUGCCCUUCUCAAAGGCUUAAUUGGGAAAGUGACCCUUCAGAUCCCCUUUUACCGCCCACAUGUGGACCCUUGGGUCAUCUCCAUCUCCAGCCUUCACUUAAUUGGAGCCCCUGAGAAAAUACAGGACUUCAAUGAUGAAAAGGAGAAGCUGUUGGAAAGGGAACGCAAGAAAGCACUGCUUCAAGCCUUGGAAGAGAAAUGGAAGAACGAACGCCAGCAGAAAGGGGAGUCCUACUGGUAUUCGGUGACGGCCUCGGUGGUUACGAGCAUUGUGGAAAACAUUGAAUUAAACAUUCAAGAUGUCCAUUUACGCUUUGAAGAUGGCAUGACCAAUCCUUCCCAUCCCUUUGCCUUUGGUGUGUGCAUUAAGAAUGUGUCCAUGCAGAAUGCUGUGAAUGAGCCUGUACAGAAAUUAAUGCGGAAAAAGCAAUUAGAUGUGGCAGAGUUCAGCAUCUACUGGGAUGUCGAUUGCACUUUAUUGGGGGAUUUGCCUCAGGCAGAGUUACAGGAGGCCAUGGCCAGGAGCAUGGAGAGUCGCAGUCACCAUUACGUCCUAGAGCCUGUGUGUGCAUCCGCCCUCUUGAAAAGAAACUGCUCCAAGGAGCCGCUGAGAUCCCGGCAUACUCCCCGAAUUGAAUGUGACAUUCAGUUAGAGACCAUUCCCUUGAAGCUAUCUCAGCUGCAGUACCGGCAAAUCAUGGAAUUCCUCAAGGAGCUGGAGCGGAAGGAGAGGCAGGUGACGUUCCGCAAGUGGAAACCCAAGGUGGCAGUUUCCAAGAACUGCCGAGAAUGGUGGUACUUUGCGCUGAAUGCUAAUUUGUAUGAGAUCAGAGAGCAGAGGAAGCGCUGCACCUGGGACUUCUUGUUGCACCGUGCCCGUGAUGCUGUAUUUUACACUGACAAAUAUUUCAACAAAUUAAAAGGUGGUGUUCUAUCUGCAGAUGACAAGGAAGAAAUCUGUCGGAUUGAGGAGGAACAGAGCUUUGAGGAAUUGAAGAUUCUUCGAGAACUGGUUCAUGAUCGAUUUUACAAGCAGGAAGAACUAGCAGAGAGUCUACGGGAGCCUCAGUUUGACUCUCCAGGAACCUCUCCUGGGGACCCUGAUGCCAGCGGAGGCAGUGGGAUGCUGCAAUACCUGCAGUCCUGGUUUCCUGGCUGGGGCGGCUGGUAUGGGCAGCAGAGCCCUGAGGGGAAAGCGGUGGAAGGACUGUCUGCUGAGCCCCAUGAGCAGUGGAUCCCGGAAGAGAUCCUGGGCACCGAGGAGUUUUUUGACCCUACUGCAGACGCCUCAUGUAUGAACACGUACACAAAGCGAGAUCACGUCUUUGCCAAACUGAAUUUACAACUGCAGCGUGGUACAGUGACUCUGUUACACAAGGAACAAGGAGCUCCUCAGGUGGACGAAAGCGCGUUCAUGCAGCUGGAGUUUUCAGAUGUAAAACUACUAGCAGAAUCUCUUCCUCGAAGAAAUUCCUCCUUGCUUUCAGUCCGGCUGGGUGGACUGUUCCUCCGAGACCUGGCCACGGAAGGAACCAUGUUUCCUCUUUUGGUCUUCCCUAAUCCGCAAAAAGAAGUUGGCAGAGUCUCACAGUCAUUUGGUCUCCAAACUACAUCUGCAGACAGAAGUGACCAAUACCCUGCUGCAGACCCGGACGACCCAGUUUUUGAGAUGCUGUAUGAGAGAAAUCCAGCACACAGUCAUUUUGAGAGGCGGUUAAAUGUCAGCACGAGGCCUCUGAACAUCAUCUACAAUCCGCAGGCUAUUAAAAAAGUAGCAGACUUUUUCUACAAGGGAAAGGUCCAUACCUCAGGUUUUGGUUAUCAGUCAGAACUUGAGUUGAGAGUGGCUGAAGCAGCUCGAAAACAGUAUAACAAGCUGAAGAUGCAGACCAAAGCGGAGAUCCGACAAACCUUGGACCGGUUGCUAGUGGGGGACUUCAUUGAGGAAAGCAAACGAUGGUCUGUGCGGCUAGAUAUUUCUGCCCCUCAGGUGAUAUUUCCUGAUGAUUUCAAGUUCAAGAAUCCUGUAUUAGUUGUUGUGGAUCUAGGAAGAAUGCUGUUGACCAAUAGCCAAGAUGACACCAGGAGGAAAAGUGGGGACAGGUCAGCCUCUGAGGACAAUCAGUUUAGUGAUGAUGAGUAUAAGACCCCUUUGGCCACACCUCCCAGUACUCCACCCCCGGAGACAAGCAGCAGUCACAGCAAGCAAACACCUCCCUUUUCUGGAGUGGAGUUCAGCGAGGAGCAGCUUCAGGCCCAUUUAAUGAGUACCAAGAUGUACGAGCGGUAUUCCUUGUCAUUUAUGGACCUCCAGAUCAUGGUGGGACGAGUGAAAGACAAUUGGAAGCAUGUCCAGGACAUUGAUGUGGGGCCCACCCACGUGGUAGAGAAAUUCAAUGUUCAUCUGCAGUUAGAGCGGAGGCUAAUUUAUACCUCAGACCCCAAAUACCCAGGGGCUGUGCUUUCAGGCAACUUGCCAGAUUUAAAAAUCCACAUCAAUGAAGAUAAGAUAUCUGCCCUAAAGAACUGUUUCGCUCUCCUCACCACACCAGAAAUGAAGACUUCGGACACUCAGAUCAAAGAGAAGAUUUUCCCCCAAGAAGGUCAGCGGGGAAGCCUGCAGGACUCAGUAAUGAACUUAACCCAGAGCAUUGUGAUGCUGGAGCAGCACACACGCGAGGUUCUAGUAGAGUCACAGCUCCUCCUGGCUGAAUUUAAAGUUAACUGUAUGCAGCUUGGUGUGGAGAGCAAUGGCCGCUACAUUUCUGUGCUCAAAGUGUUUGGUACCAAUGCUCACUUUGUGAAGAGGCCUUAUGAUGCUGAAGUCUCCCUCACUGUUCAUGGAUUGCUCCUGGUGGACACCAUGCAGACCUAUGGUGCUGAUUUUGACCUUUUGAUGGCUUCUCAUAAGAACUUGAGCUUUGAUAUUCCAACAGGAAGCCUGCGGGACAGCAGGGCCCAGUCUCCUGUCUCUGGACCUCACAUGGUUACUGAUAUGGCCUCUGUGAAUGACCGAUCAGCAACAAGUGUUUCCCUGGAAAAGAUCCUCACCAAAGAGCAAGAGUCCCUCAUUAAGCUGGAGUAUCAGUUUGUGAGUUCCGAGUGCCCGUCCAUGAGCUUAGAUAGCACGCUUCAAGUGGUUUCUCUGCAGGUGAACAACUUGGAUAUUAUCUUAAAUCCAGAGACAAUUGUGGAGUUGAUUGGUUUCCUUCAAAAAUCCUUCCCCAAGGAGAAAGAUGAUUUGAGUCCUCAGCCUUUAAUGACUGAUUUAGAAAGAAGCUUUAGUGAGCAAGGAACUUACCAGUCUACCUAUGAACAGAACACGGAGGUUGCGGUGGAAAUCCACAGGCUUAACCUGCUGCUCCUUCGGACAGUGGGAAUGGCAAAUGGGGACAAACAUGGCCGGAAAAUUGCCACGGCGAGCAUAGGUGGCACCAAGGUUAACGUGUCAAUGGGCAGCACGUUCGAUGUGAAUGGCUCCUUAGGCUGUUUGCAGCUUAUGGACCUGACACAAGAGAAUGUUAAGAACCAGUAUGUUGUCAGCAUUGGGAAUUCUGUGGGCUACGAAAAUAUCAUCAGUGACAUCGGCUACUUUGAAUCUGUGUUUGUUAGAGCGGAAGAUGCAGCCCUGACUGAAGCUUUGAGUUUCACGUUUGUUGAGAAAUCCAAGCAGGAAUGUUUUCUCAACCUGAAGAUGGCUUCCUUGCAUUACAACCAUUCUGCCAAGUUCUUAAAGGAGUUGACAUUAUCCAUGGAUGAACUGGAAGAAAAUUUUCGAAGUAUGCUGAAAAGUGCGGCCACCAAAGUCACCACCGUCUUAGCUACCAAGACAGCUGAGUAUAGCGAGAUGGUGUCCCUCUUUGAAAUGCCAAGAAAGACCCGGGAGCCCUUUUUCCUGGAGGAGGACGAGGCGCACGGGUUUGGCUUUGCUUCGCCUCACUCGGACACAGUGAAGCUUAUCUUGAACAUCAACAUUGAGUCGCCAGUUGUCUCCAUUCCCCGGAAGCCUGGGAGCCCUGAGUUAUUGGUGGGACACCUAGGACAGAUAUUCAUCCAGAAUUUUGUGGCUGGUGAUGAUGAAUCCAGAAGUGACCGUUUGCAGGUGGAGAUCAAAGACAUUAAGUUAUAUUCUUUAAAUUGUACCCAGUUGGCCAGCAGAGAUGGUGCUGGAUCAGAAGUCAAUCGGACAUGUUGCCUGCCCUCUGGGUGCGCCAGUGCUAACAGCCAGGAGGAAGCAUAUUUCACCAGACAUGAUUUUUUUGAAUCUUUGCAUAGAGGUCAAGCUUUUCACAUCUUGAAUAAUACUACCAUUCAGUUUAAACUGGAGAAGAUCCCCAUAGAGAGAGAAUCUGAGUUGACUUUCUCCCUUAGUCCAGAUGACCUGGAAACCUCUAGCAUCAUGAAGAUUGAAGGAAAAUUUGUCAAUCCGGUUCAGGUUGUGUUAGCCAAGCACGUGUAUGAGCAGGUCUUGCAGACGCUGGACAACCUCGUGUACAGUGAAGAUCUGAAUAAAUUUCCAGCCAGUGCUCCCUCCUCCCCUUGCCCUACUUCUCCCCUACCUGUCCUUAGUACCUGUGGAGAACCUGUUGCCGACAGGAAGGAGAAUGGGCUGUUCAGCCACUCCAGCCUUUCUAGUGCCUCCCAGAAGUCCUUGUCUGUGAAGGAAGCCAAGGCCUUCACUCAGAUUCAAGCCAACUUCUGUAUCUCAGAACUCCAGGUACAGCUGAGUGCAGAUCUGACUUUGGGAGCCCAAGGUCUUGUGAGCUUAAAGUUUCAGGAUUUUGAGGUGGAGUUCAGUAAAGACCACCCUCAGACCUUAUCCAUUCAGAUUGCUCUGCGUUCUCUUCUGAUGGAAGACUUACUGGAGAAGAAUCCAGACUCCAAAUAUAAGAACCUGAUGGUAUCUCGAGGGGCUCCUAAGCCAUCAAGCCUAGCACAGAAAGAGUAUCUCUCUCAGUCCUGCCCCUCCGUAUCCAAUGUGGAGUAUCCUGACAUGCCUCGGUCUCUGCCUUCCCACAUGGAGGAAGCGCCAAAUGUCUUCCAGUUGUACCAGAGACCCACCUCCGUGUCCCGGAAGACACAGAAGGAAGUCAAAGACAAGGAGUGUCCCUUAACUCCUCCUCCCUCCCCCACAGUAGAUGGACCCAAGGGGCAUGUGGGGAAGAGUCAGUUUGAUGAUUCCUUGGUCCACAUCAACAUAUUCCUGGUGGAUAAGAAACAUCCGGAAUUCUCUUCCAUUUACAAUCGAGUUAACCGGAGCAUUGAUGUUGAUUUUAACUGCUUGGAUGUGCUGAUCACCUUGCAGACCUGGGUGGUGAUACUGGAUUUUUUUGGGAUUGGCUCCACUGCAGACAACCAUGCAAUGAAGGUGCCACCUGAGGGCCUUGUACAAAAUGUAAAGUCAGAAUCCAGUGCUGUAAUGGAGUCUGAACUUCAGGACCCUAUCAACACCAAGCUGGAUCUCAAGGUUCAUUCACUCUCCCUUGUGCUCAAUAAGACCACCAGCGAGCUUGCUAAAGCAAAUGUUUCCAAAUUAGUAGCACACCUGGAAAUGAUUGAGGGAGACCUGGCCUUGCAGGGCAGCAUCGGGAGUCUGUCUCUGAGCGACCUAACCUCCCAUGGAGAGUUCUACAGAGAACGGUUCACCACCAGUGGAGAAGAAGCACUCAUCUUCCAGAUUUUUAAAUAUGGACAAGCUGACCCUCUUCUCCGGAGAGAGCAUGACAUUCGUGUGAGCCUGCAGAUGGCCUCGGUGCAGUACGUGCACACCCAGCGCUUCCAGGCUGAGGUAGUGGCCUUCAUUCAGCACUUCACCCAGCUGCAGGAUGUCUUGGGGCGCCAGCGAGCUGCCAUUGAGGGCCAGACGGUGAGAGACCAGGCUCAGCGUUGUUCUCGGGUUCUCCUGGAUAUUGAGGCUGGUGCUCCUGUCCUCCUCAUCCCAGAAAGUUCCAGAUCAAAUAAUCUAAUUGUAGCAAAUUUGGGGAAGCUGAAAGUGAAGAACAAGUUUCUCUUUGCUGGUUCUCCUGGGACAUUUUCCCUGCAAGACAAGGAAUCUGUGCCUUCAUCCUCCCCAACGGGUACACCCAAACACAGUAUGAGGAAAACCACAAGCACAGAGGACCCCAAGGCACCCCAGUCACCAGGGCUGUUUAUGACGCCUCCUGCUGGAAUGGGUCUGGGCAGCUUGAAGAGUGAAUGUAUGCCCAGCGGCUCCACCAAGCAGCCAGCACAGCCAGUCACACCAUUUGUUGGCCAGGGUUCCAGUAGUACAGAAGACCAUGUUUGCCUGCUGGACUGCAUUGUUGUGGAUCUACAGGACAUGGAUAUCUUUGCUGCAGAGAGAUGUCCACGCGAGUACUCAAAGGCCUCAGAGGACAGUAGUGGAGAUCUGGUCUUCCCUUCCUAUUUUGUGCGACAGACAGGAGGAAGCCUCUUAACUGAGCCCUGUAGACUGAAGUUGCAGGUGGAAAGAAAUCUGGACAAAGAAAUAAGCCAUGGUGUUCCAGACAUAUCUAUCCAUGGCAAUCUCUCCUCAGUCCACUGCUCCUUGGAUCUGUACAAAUACAAGCUGAUUCGAGGCUUACUGGAGAACAACCUUGGCGAGCCCAUAGAGGAGUUUAUGCGACCUUACGAUUUACAAGAUCCAAGAAUUCAUACUGUUCUGAGUGGAGAAGUGUACACGUGCAUGUGCUUCCUCAUUGAUAUGGUAAAUGUAAGCCUGGAGCUCAAAGAUCCAAAAGGAAAAGAAGGUGCUGGAUCCCUAGCCAGAUUUGAUUUCAAGAAAUGUAAACUGCUCUAUGAAAGUUUUUCCAACCAAACUAAGUCCAUUAACUUGGUUUCCCAUUCCAUGAUGGCCUUUGACACCCGCUGUGCUGGGCAGAAGACAAGCCCAGGCACCACCAAUGUGUUCAGCUGUAUCUUUCAGCCUUCCAAGAACAGCAGCACCAGCCAGGGGUCCAUUCAGAUUGAGCUUCAUUUCAGAUCUACAAAGGAUUCCUCCUGUUUCACAGUAGUUCUCAACAAUCUCCGUGUUUUUCUCAUAUUUGACUGGCUAUUGUUGGUCCAUGAUUUUCUCUACACACCCAGUGACAUUAAGAAACAAAAUGUUACUCCUUCUCGGCAUCGAAACUCCAGCAGCGAAUCCGUUGUAGUUCCCAAAACUGUUAAGAGUGGAGUAGUUACUAAGCGGUCUUCCCUUACUGUGUCCAGUGAGAGGCAUCUGGAGGUCAAGGUCAAUGUAACAGGUACAGAGUUUGUGGUUGUUGAAGAUGUGUCCUGCUUUGAUACCAACGCCAUUAUUCUGAAAGGCACCACGGUGCUUACUUAUAAGCCCCGCUUUGUCGACCGCCCCUUUUCUGGAAGUUUGUUUGGUAUUGAGGUGUUCUCAUGCCGACUAGGGAAUGAGCAGGAUACGGCUCUUUCAAUUGUUGAUCCAGUACAAAUCCAGGUGGAGCUGGUGGGGAAUUCUUCUUAUCAGAACAGUUCUGGAUUGAUGGAUGCCUUCAAUAGUGAGGAUUUCCCACCUGUUCUAGAGAUUCAGUUGCAAGCCCUAGACAUCAGGCUGUCCUAUAAUGAUGUACAGCUGUUUCUGGCCAUUGCAAAAUCUAUCCCAGAGCAAGCAAGUGCAGCAGUGCCGGACUCCACAGCCUUGGAGGCUGACUCUGGUAGAGAUUACCCUCCAGGGACAUCUCGAGGUGGAGAGGAAGCCAGAGAAGGGAGAAGACACACCUUAGAUCCUGUCCUGGAGUUACAGCUGGCUAGACUUCAGGAGCUGGGGUUCAGCAUGGAUGAUUGCCGCAAGGCCCUUUUGGUUUGCCAAGGCCAACUGAAAAAGGCAGCAAGUUGGUUGUUCAAGAAUGCGGAGCCUCUGAAGUCUCUUUCCCUGACCUCUAGCAGCCAAGAUAGUCUGGGAGCUGUGCCGGCCCCACGUAUAUCUGGAGUGGAGAUCAAAGCAGAGAGUGUGUGCAUCUGCCUCAUUGAUGACUGCAUGGACUGCGAUGUGCCUCUUGCUGAGCUGACUUUCUCCCGUCUGAAUUUUCUUCAGCAUGUGAGGACCAGCCCCGAAGGCUACGCCCAUUUCACACUUUCUGGGGAUUAUUAUAACCGUGCUCUGUCAGGCUGGGAGCCAUUUAUCGAGCCAUGGCCAUGCUCUGUAUCCUGGCAACAGCAGGCAGCUAGUCGUCUCCAUCCCCGGCGACUAAAGUUGGAGGCCAAAGCCAAACCCCGUUUGGAUAUCAAUAUCACUUCUGUACUGAUUGACCAGUAUAUAAGUACCAAGGAAUCAUGGAUGGCAGAUUACUGUAAAGAAGAUAAAGAAAUGGAUUCUACUAAGUCAGAAGACUGGAUGGGCUCUUCAGUAGAUCCUCCAUGCUUUGGACAAAGCCUUCCCCUUGUCUACCUUAGAACUAGGAGUACAGCCAGUCUGACUAACCUAGAGCACCAGAUCUAUGCUAGAGCAGAGGUGAAAACCCCCAAGCGCCGGCAGCCAUUUGUCCCCUUUGCUCUGAGGAACCAUACGGGCUGUACGCUGUGGUUUGCCACGCUGACUACCACACCCACCAGGGCAGCACUGUCUCACAGUGGGAGUCCAGGGAUGGUUCCAGAAGGGAAUGGAGCAUUUCUGGAUGAUACACACAAUGUUAGUGAGUGGCGAGAAGUCCUUACUGGCGAAGAGAUUCCUUUUGAAUUUGAAGCGAGAGGGAAGUUACGACAUAGACACACCCAUGACCUACGGAUCCAUCAGCUGCAAGUGAGAGUAAAUGGCUGGGAGCAAGUAAGCCCAGUGUCUGUGGACAAAGUAGGAACCUUCUUCCGAUAUGCAGCACCAGAUAAAAAUUCAUCUUCUUCUACAAUUGGCAGCCCAAGCAGCAGAACAAAUAUUAUACAUCCACAGGUUUAUUUCUCUGCCCUCCCACCUGUCCGAGUAGUCUUUGCUGUGACUAUGGAAGGCAGUGCUCGGAAAGUGAUCACUGUCCGGUCAGCCCUCAUUGUGAGGAACAGAUUGGAAACACCGAUGGAACUACGACUAGAUAGCCCAUCAGCCCCAGACAAGCCAGUGGUGCUUCCUGCCAUCAUGCCAGGGGAUGCAUUCGCCGUGCCUUUACACCUCACCUCUUGGCGGCUACAGGCCCGGCCCAAAGGAUUUGGUGUGUUCUUCUGUAAAACUCCAAUACAUUGGACCAAUGUAGUGAAGCCAACAGAGGUUAGUAGCAGCAAACGAGAGUGCCACUCGAUGGACACAGAAAAAAGCCGAUUCUUCAGGUUUUGUGUGGCUAUCAAGAAAGAAAAUUAUCCAGAUUAUAUGCCCUCCAACAUAUUUUCUGACAGUGCCAAACAGAUUUUCAGACAGCCUGGGCAUACCAUUUAUCUCCUGCCAACUGUGGUAAUAUGCAACUUGUUGCCUUGUGAACUGGACUUUUAUGUGAAAGGAAUGCCCAUUAAUGGGACUUUAAAACCUGGCAAAGAGGUAGCCCUUCAUACAGCAGAUACAUCCCAGAACAUUGAACUAGGGGUGUCACUGGAGAACUUUCCCCUCUGUAAAGAAUUGCUCAUUCCCCCUGGGACCCAAAACUAUAUGGUAAGAAUGCGACUCUAUGACAUCGGCCGGCGGCAGUUGAACCUUACCAUCCGGAUCGUGUGUCGAGCAGAAGGGUCCUUAAAGAUCUUCAUUUCUGCCCCGUAUUGGCUCAUUAACAAAACAGGGUUACCACUGAUCUUCAGACAGGACAAUGCAAAGACAGAUGCUGCAGGCCAGUUUGAGGAACAUGAGUUGGCCCGGAGCCUGAGUCCUCUCUUAUUCUGCUAUGCUGAUAAAGAACAGCCAAACCUCUGCACGAUGAGAAUCGGAAAGGGGAUUCAUCCAGAAGGCAUGCCUGGCUGGUGUCAGGGCUUCUCCCUGGAUGGUGGUAGUGGUGUCCGAGCUUUGAAAGUCAUCCAGCAAGGAAACCGCCCAGGGCUGAUCUAUAAUAUUGGUAUUGAUGUUAAGAAAGGCCGAGGCCGAUAUAUCGAUACCUGUAUGGUCAUCUUUGCGCCCCGUUACCUGUUAGACAACAAGUCAUCUCACAAGCUCGCAUUUGCACAAAGGGAAUUUGCCAGGGGACAGGGAACAGCCAAUCCCGAGGGUUACAUUUCCACCCUUCCUGGUUCCAGUGUGGUGUUCCAUUGGCCUCGCAAUGACUAUGAUCAGCUAUUAUGUGUCAGGUUGAUGGAUGUUCCCAAUUGUAUUUGGUCUGGAGGCUUUGAAGUCAACAAGAAUAAUUCCUUCCAUAUCAACAUGAGGGAUACCCUGGGAAAAUGCUUCUUCCUACGAGUGGAAAUCACCCUGAGAGGAGCUACAUACAGGAUCUCCUUUAGUGACACCGACCAAUUACCUCCUCCUUUCCGCAUUGACAACUUUUCUAAGGUCCCUGUUGUCUUCACUCAGCAUGGUGUAGUGGAACCCAGGCUGCGGACUGAAGUAAAGCCCAUGACAUCGCUGGAUUAUGCCUGGGACGAGCCCACCCUGCCAGCCUUCAUCACUCUGACUGUGAAAGGGGCUGGCUCCUCUGAGAUCAGCUGCAAUAUGAAUGAUUUCCAGGAUAACCGGCAGCUCUAUUACGAAAAUUUCAUUUACAUUGCUGCUACAUACACAUUUUCAGGGUAUGAGCCACUGAUGCUACGUAAGCCAGAUCGCAGGCGAAGCACCACCCAGACAUGGAAUUUCCGAGAAGGAAAACUGACCUGUGGCCUGCAUGGCUUGGUGGUCCAGACCAAAGGGGGACUUUCUGGAUUGUUUGAUGGAGCUGAAGUCGUUCUUGGUCCUGACACAUCUAUGGAGCUUUUGGGACCAGUUCCACCCGAACAACAAUUUAUUAACCAAAAAAUGAGGCCUGGUUCUGGCAUGUUAUCCAUCAAAGUCAUUCCGGAUGGACCGACAAGAGCACUCCAGAUAACAGAUUUCUGCCAGUGGAAAAGUGACCAGUCAUCAUAUGAAGUGGAUGAACUACCUGUUACUGAACAAGAGCUACAGAAACUAAGGAGUUCAGAGACAGAGCAGGAAUUGGAAGUGCUUGUGAAAUUAGAAGGUGGAAUUGGCCUAUCCUUAAUUAAUAAAGUACCUGAAGAGCUGGUCUUUGCGAGUCUUACAGGAAUCAAUGUUCACUACACCCAGCUGGCAACCAGCCACAUGCUUGAACUCAGCAUUGAGGAUGUACAGGUGGAUAACCAGCUCAUUGGUACCACUCAGCCCUUCAUGCUCUAUGUGACCCCCCUGAGCAAUGAGAACGAGGUCAUUGAGACCGGCCCAGCUGUGCAGGUGAAUGCAGUGAAGUUCCCCAGCAAGAGUGCACUGACCAACAUCUACAAGCAUCUGAUGGUCACAGCUCAGAGAUUCACAGUGCAGAUUGAGGAGAAACUGCUGCUGAAGCUGCUGAGUUUCUUUGGCUACGAUCAGGCAGAGUCAGAGGUGGAAAAAUAUGAUGAAAACCUCCAUGAAAAGACAGUUGAGCAGAGUGGAACACCAACUCGAUACUACUUUGAAAAUCUCAAGAUCAGCAUUCCCCAGAUCAAACUGAGUGUGUUUACCUCCAACAAGCUGCCACUGGAUCUUAAGGCCUUAAAAAGCACGUUGGGAUUCCCAUUAAUUCGAUUUGAAGAUGCUGUAAUUAAUCUGGACCCAUUCACUCGGGUCCAUCCCUAUGAGACCAAGGAGUUCAUCAUCAAUGACAUCCUCAAACAUUUCCAGGAGGAGCUCCUCGGCCAGGCAGCUCGAAUCCUGGGAUCAGUAGAUUUUCUUGGCAACCCCAUGGGGCUUCUGAAUGAUGUUUCUGAAGGGGUUACUGGCCUGAUAAAGUAUGGAAAUGUUGGAGGCCUUAUCAGAAAUGUUACACAUGGGGUAUCAAACUCGGCUGCCAAGUUUGCAGGGACAUUGUCAGAUGGCUUGGGGAAGACUAUGGACAACCGUCAUCAGUCAGAGCGGGAAUACAUCAGAUACCACGCAGCAACGAGUGGGGAGCACCUUGUAGCUGGCAUCCAUGGCCUGGCUCAUGGUAUCAUUGGUGGACUGACGAGUGUUAUAACCUCAACAGUGGAAGGCGUGAAAACAGAAGGGGGUGUCAGCGGCUUCAUAUCUGGCCUCGGGAAAGGACUGGUUGGCACUGUGACCAAGCCAGUGGCAGGUGCCCUGGACUUCGCUUCUGAGACAGCGCAGGCAGUAAGAGACACAGCCACACUCAGUGGCCCCAGGACCCAAGCACAGAGGGUUCGGAAACCACGCUGCUGCACAGGACCCCAGGGGCUGCUUCCUCGCUACUCUGAGAGCCAGGCAGAAGGACAGGAACAACUCUUCAAACUGACAGACAACAUACAGGAUGAGUUCUUCAUAGCCGUGGAAAACAUCGACAGCUACUGUGUGCUCAUCUCCUCCAAAGCCGUAUACUUCCUGAAGAGUGGCGACUAUGUGGACAGAGAGGCCAUUUUCCUUGAGGUCAAAUACGAUGACCUCUACCACUGCCUCGUCUCCAAAGAUCAUGGGAAGGUGUAUGUGCAGGUGACCAAGAAAGCGGCGAGCACCAGCAGUGGUGUGUCCAUCCCAGGCCCAUCCCACCAGAAGCCAAUGGUCCAUGUGAAAUCUGAGGUCCUUGCUGUCAAGCUGUCACAAGAAAUAAACUAUGCAAAGAGCCUUUACUAUGAGCAGCAACUAAUGUUAAGACUCAAUGAAAAUCAAGAGCAGUUGGAACUGGACUCCUGAGAACGGCCAGCCAGGGAGAGGUGCUCCAGAGAGAGCCCAGACCACCGAGGCCAGUGCCCAGACUCGUGGCCCGAAUGGGAGGGGGCCAGAAGAAGGUUUGAGGGAAGAUGUCACUUGGGAAAGGAAAUCCUCACGGGGAAAGCUUCUAAUGCAAACGCAAAUGGUAUUCACGUGUGGGCUGGGAAGUACUCCAGAUUAUGGGGGAAUCAUUUUUAAAAGGUAUCAGUUGAAUAACGUACAAGGAAAACAUACUGAGAGGAGUCUCAUUUUAGAUUAUCCCUGUUGACAUGUAAAUAUGUACAACUGUGUGUAAAUACAAGCUUCUGAGCAGGGUUGUGAUGUGCGUGAAGGUUUGUUACCUGUAAAGUAAUAUAAAAUUAUACUGGAUCUUCUAUUGCACUAACUAUAUGCCAUUCAGGAUACUCUGUAGAAAGAGGUUCAUAAAAGUUAAAGAGUGCCAUGUCUACGUUUUGCAAACACAGGAAGGGGGUCAGGUGAGCUCUAAGUGUGCUAGGGACCCUGUAUAGCAGCCGCUGGUCACACAGGUGGGAGCCCCACCCCAAGGAUGGAAGACUGCACAACGUCUUGGUCCCCAUCUUGUUCCCGCCUUACAGAUAGCACUUCAGCUACACGUGGUUUUUUUAAUCUCAACAUGCACUUGCUUUCCCCUGACUUGGAGAUGAAGUUGUCUUCUGGCUCCGUACAUGCACGCGCCCACGUACUGUCAGCAUUACCUAGUUUUCUCGUGCCGUUAUCAGAGAUCAUCAAAACACUGGCCAGCUCUGUUGACAUAGAAGGAAAAGAAAGCCCAUUUCUUUGAACUCUUUGUCAGACAAUCAGAAGUCCUGGGUGGGAAGUAAGGCCCUCCUUCCCAGGCACCAGCGAUGGGAGGUGCUCCAUCUUGUUCUUUUUAUGGAAAACAUGAGCUGGCAUUACAACACAUGUCCUGGGAACACAGGAAUGAUGGUACCAGGACAGGGAGAAGGAGGAAGAGAGUUUGGGAAAAGGAAGUGAAGCCUGAGUGUUCCUCCCAGAAGCAGGAUUGAAGGCUGGUGUGGGUGCCUAUUCUUUCCUGUCUUGUUCUCUGCACCUCCCUUUUCUGGAAGGAAUAAGCUAAUGAAAGGUGGGGGGGGGUCUCACUCUGAAUGACUCUCCUUGUGAUUUUAGAACUUUUAUUUUAAUAAAGCCAACCUAUUUCUACAACCUUGUCACAUGUAGCUGAGAUGGAGGUGACCCCAUGGAUAUGUGGAAGGUUUUGGUGAUUAUAUCUCAUGACCCAAUCCUUUCACAACACAAAUGAAGCUCAUCAGGCUGUCUCUCCUGCUGUCUGUGUGUGUGUGUGUGUGUCUGUCUGUCUGUCUGUGUGUUGGGAAGGAGGACGGGAGGAGAAGAGAGAAGGAAGGUAGGUAGGAAGAAAACAUCUGUAUGAGUGCUGUAACCAAAUAAUAUUUUCAAGGAACAUCCACCUUGAGCUCUGCAGCUUGAGGGCCUGCCUGAAUGGAGUGAGUGGCUCGCACUGCUGGAGCGUGGCUCUGUGUCGGGCAGGUCUUUGGUGGGUUGGCGCCUGCUUGCUGGGUCGUCAGUGUGAUGGUAUCAGCGCUCACGCUUGCUCUUCCAUCAGCCGCCUCACAGCCUGGGUCCCUGCACCCACAGCUGCCUUGUGGGUUUUGUCAUCAGUAACUCACUGCCAGAGGCCACGUCGCACAGAGGCUCUCCGAGAGGUCGAGUGCACACAGCCCAGAGCCCUGUAUUCCCGGCUGGGGAAGGAACUGCUGUUACUAAGAGGAGUCUGCUCAGGUUCUCAGCUUGACUGCAGGAAGGUAGCUGGGGUCACCCCACAGCUGGUGCUUCCGGAGAACGGGUCCCUCCUCCUGCUCCUUUCUCCUGAAAUCAGCUCUUUAAAUAGCAGCCCUCCCGCUAUGGUGGCACAGCCGCUGCUCUGACAUCUGUGCCUUAGAAAGGGCACAGGGGCCCAAAGACUAGAUGGCUGGGACUGCAGGGCUGAGAGCACCCGCCAUGAGCUGCCCAAGCCCUCCUCCCUCCCCUGCAGCCCUGGGCCAGGCCCCAGGAAGAGUCUAGGGGCUUUUACCAUCGCUUCCUGGUUUGUCAGGACAGAACUGAAAGAUCUGGACCAGUCAGUCAGGCCUUGUGCUGGCUCUUCGAACAUCCCAUGGCUUCUGAAACUGGCAUUUAGCUGGUGAUGUUUGAGACUUGGCUAAGACAGUUCUACCAACUUCCCUGCUGCCCCCCCACCACACACACACCUUUCUCCUGUGAGGAAAGCGCAGUGCAUGGAUGAUUUGAGGAGCCUUCAGUAGUCACCUUGUUCCUUGACCCCGAAGGGCCAGCCAGCAUCCCAGCCCCAACUGUCCUGUGCUUGGUUGGGGUACCUUUGGUGUUUAGAAGGCUCCUGGGCCACGUUGUUUUCAAAUGUCAUCUAUCUGUGCCUCAAAAAUCCAUAGUCGCUGCUUGAUGAACUGAAAAUAAACUACCUAGUUCUUCACUGUAUAACACUAUGAUGAUCACCAGUGUGUUCCGACUCUGUAAACCUGCUUCUCAAAUCAGAGUCACCACUUUUCUUCCUGUGGAAUAAAAUGUAUUGUUGACUUCUCA